CUCUAAAAACACCCUCUUCCCAAAUAAUUCUCUCUCUCUUAAAUACAGGGCAAGCAGAGAUCCUCUUCCACCCCGGUUCCCCCAGCCAAAGGCCAGGAGAGAGAGAAUUCAAAUUUUACUUAUCUGCAGCAGAAAUACAUGAGAUGGCCUCUUUGGAUCUUGUUAAGAUGAUUAUAGCUGUUGCAAGCUUUCACCAAUUCAUUUUUUUGAUUUCCUGCCAAGAUUUCGACCCUUCAUCAUGCUAAUGAACUGGUCACAUUGAAAUUCGAGGUUUGAGAAGUUAAAUUUGGUUGAAAUAUCAUGUUUAAAAGUCUAUAUCUCAUUGACAUUGUAGGAUGGAAGCGGAUAGUCUAACAUCCACUAAGAAAUAUGCUGCUGAUAUUUCUUCCAUUAGAGAAGCACAACUCCGUAUCAAUUCAUAUGCGCACAAAACUCCAGUCCUUUCCUCAGAAACCUUAAAUUCCUUUUGUGGAAGAAAGCUAUAUUUUAAAUGUGAAUGUUUCCAAAAGGGUGGAGCAUUUAAAUUUAGAGGGGCCUGCAAUGCAAUAUUGUCACUUGAUGAUAGUCAGGCAGCAAAAGGGGUGGUAACUCAUAGCAGCGGUAAUCAUGCUGCAGCACUUUCUCUGGCUGCAAAAAUACGCGGCAUUCCUGCGUAUGUUGUCGUGCCUAAAAAUGCUCCAAAAUGCAAAGUUGAGAAUAUCAGGCGUUAUGGGGGCCAGAUUAUCUGGAGUGAGGCUGCCAUUGAGUCCAGGGAGGAAACUGCAACAAAGGUACUACAAGAAACUGGUGCUGUGAUGAUUCAUCCAUAUAAUGAUGGACGAAUUAUAAGUGGGCAAGGUACUAUUUCACUGGAGCUCUUGGAGCAGGUGCUAGAAAUUGACACAAUCAUAGUCCCAGUUAGCGGCGGUGGAUUGAUUUCUGGGGUGGCUAUAGCUGCUAAGUCCCUAAAACCUUCCAUUCGAAUUUUGGCAGCUGAACCUAAGGGCGCAGAUGAUGCAGCUCAGUCAAAAGCAGCUGGUGAGAUUGUUAAAUUGCCUGAAACGAAAACCAUAGCUGAUGGGCUUCGAGCUUCUCUUGGAGAAUUCACAUGGCCUGUCGUCCGGGAUUUGGUUGAUGAUAUCAUUGUGGUUGAGGAUAGUGAGAUAGUGGAAGCCAUGAGGCAUUGUUAUGAGAUUUUGAAGGUUGCAGUGGAGCCAAGUGGAGCCAUUGGUCUUGCAGCUGUAUUAUCUGAUAGCUUCAGGAACAAUCCUGCUUGGAAGGACAGUGAGCAUAUAGGAAUAAUAGUUUCAGGGGGCAAUCUCGAUUUGGGCAUACUUUGGGAUUCCCUGUGCAAAGCAGAAUUGUAGCAUAUUCUGCCACGCUUCUCAUCACAGCAAAAACUGCAGUGGCUGGAUCCUUCGUUGUCAUUCUUAAACUUGCUCAACCAUUAUUAUCAGAAGAUGUUUAUUGUCACUGGAAUCAACCAGGCCAAUACUAGCAAAUCGUUGCAUCUUUUUUCUACCUUUGAAUAGUAAAGAAAGAAUUCAUUAGUUUUCGUCUCUUGAAGAUGUAACAGGUUGCUCCGGACUAGAGGUUAUGGGUCUGGUCGUCAGUGUUCGAAGCAUUAUUUUUAUGGUAUGUGAAUUAUGCAUUUCUAUAAGAUGCUUAUAUCUUAUUGGCCUUCAG